CCUAGCCCCCGGGGUCCAGGUAUGCCCAGGUAGGUAGAUUAGGUGGGCGAAUUGAACUCGUGCUUUCCUGAAUCCCACUGGUGUGCCUUAGGGCCAGAUCCCACUAGCCCCUAUUGUUCAUUGCUGACCGUUGAUCUCCAUAAUCGACGGUGAAAAAUGAAUAAUCGAGGGUAGUGGGAUCUGACCCUUCGCAAAAACGCUCGAAACUGAAAUUCUCACAGUGCGAGAAUGAGGCUCGAACCUGCUCUGGUGCACGCAACUGUUUCUAAACAGGGGCUAGAUCCCGCUUACAGGAAUUGUGCGAUAUUGACCGUAGAUAGCACAGAUCAACAGUCAGACUCUCGUAAUCCGUGCAAGUGGGACCUUGCCCCAGGUCAUGCGGGUGGCGUGAAGCCUCCUGAUUGGCCGUAUGGAGUGCACAUUCUUGGACACGUCAUCAAUCAUGAUCUGAAUAGCGCAAGGUUUUUGUGGAAAAGGAUUCCGACGAACAUCAAGCAGAGCAACCAAGAGCUUGCAGCAGUCUGGGCCAUUGUGCAAAAGAUGUGGCUGCGGAAUCGUGCACAAUGCCAUGAAGCCAUUCGAGGGUUCCCUUGGAGCCCAAUCCUCCAGCCUGUCAUCGCAGCAGUUGCAGAGGACUAUCGGGAAUCAAUGUACAAGCUUUUGUGCACAGCGUACUCGACCAUCUCCUUAGCUGAUGCGGCAGCGUUCCUAGGACUUCCAGAGUGCGACACUGUUAACUUGAUGGUGUCUCGAGGCUGCAGUAUCGAUCCUGCGACAAAGAUGCUCACAGUCCGAGCAAGGCCCACGGUUACCGAUCAGAAGACCAAUAUGGGCCAUCUCCAGAAGCUAACAGAGUAUGUCUUCCACCUGGAGCACUGAUGGCAUGCAGAGAUCSACAGCUCCUGCAACACACUUCCGGCCUUCGCUGUCUCCGUUGUCCUUGGCAGACCCAACAGGUAUAGGAGAGCAAACUACCAGGAGGGGAAAUCCUGAAGAACGUAAACUCAGGCAUCAGGGAAACUG